GGCCCAGUCGUUUCCAAACAGAUCAAGACCAUGGCAAUCCUCGGGUCCCUGCUGCUGCCACUGGGGCUGUUUCUGUGCCUUGGACUGCUGUGUUCUCCUGCCAGCUGUAUAAAUCACAAUGACAACUGCAUGUUCUUCAGUAAGGUCAUUGCCACCACUUACUCAGGAAUCCAUGCCAACCCAAACGUCUAUAAAAGCAAUACAGUCUACACAGUGUCAGUUCCUGUGAAUAACAGUAUUAGCUCUGUGGUCCUGCAAGCAAUGGACCAGCACAACUCAGUCAUCGGCUCCUGGCAAAAAGCUGACAAGUAUUGCAACAGCAGCGUCUUGUACCACAUGAAGAGCCCAUACAGCAAGCUCUUCAAGGCAAAAUGGGUAUCUCCUAGUUCCAUGAACAUAACUGCAGUCAAGCUACAAGUCUUCACUGUCGAUUUCCACAACAUGGCUAGAGUUUCUUUUAAGAUGCUGAAAAGAAAUGGGACAACCUCAGACUUGACAACCAAGAUCUUCACAAUCAAGCCAACCACAACCCCAAUCCCAACCCACAAACUAACCACAACCCCGACCCACAAACUAACCACAACCCCGACCCACAAACUAACCACAAGCCCGACCCACAAACUAACCACAAGCCCGACCCACAAACUAACCACAACCCCCAAGCUAACCACAAUCCGAACCACAGCCAAAAGCUCAGCCAACAGAGCCUUCCUCAGCCCCAUGAGAGAUGCCAUUCAGAUCCUGCUCGUCCUUCUCACCAGCAAACUCCUCUUCUAG